ACGUCAGUUCGACCGCGCGAUAUGCGCGAGUUGCACGAUUCCCGUCGGCCGUCGGCAGAAAAUCUCCGUCGCGAAUUCGCGCCUCGAUCGCUCGUAACUGGAGCGACUGGAUCAUUGAAAGUCAAUGUAACCGGCGAGAUUAAUUUACCGCGUACUCGCGUUCCCGAGCACCGAUCGUUUGCACGCGAGCACACAUCGCCCGGCGAUCCGGCGGAGUUCGGAGGAUCAUGGCUGUGAAAGAGUGGUUCAGGAGGCUGCAGCCGGUCCAGCUGUACCUGGUGCUGUUCUUCACCACGACUUUCUUCUUGGUCGAGAUUGUCGCCAGUCACGUGACCCACUCGCUGACUCUGCUCCUCAACGCGUAUCACAUGCUCUGCAACAUCGUGGCGCUAGUCGGCUGCAUCGCUUCGAUCAAGUACACCUACCGGGAGAAGUACAGCAGUAGCAGCGGCUGCAGUUCGCUGAGGAACUCGGCGAUCUGCAUCAAUGGCGAGGAGCAAGGUUCCGCCACGUCGUUGUCGACGAAGACGAAGGAAUCAUGGUCGGAUAGGCGGAUGAAGAAUACUUUCGGAUGGGCCAGAAUCGACAUCGUCACUAUGCUCGUCUGCUUCGUUUUCCUCGCCUCUUUUUGCUUCUCCAUACUGAUGGAGGCCUUGCAGACGUUGGUGCACAUCGAUCACCUGGACGAGAUGCACCACCCGUUGCCGGUGCUGUGCAUCGGCGCUUCCGGGAUUCUCCUCAACGCCGUCUGUUACAUCCUGAUCGGCGGGUUCACGUUCAACCAGGGCAUCUUCCUGCACGUCACGAAGAGCGGAGAUGUGAUACUCUGCAGAAAUGUGAGUUCACAAGAGGUGAAGGACGGCGAGCAGCAACUGUCAGCGCAGACUAGGCGAAGUCCCUUGGCGUUACCGAAAAGCCAAGGCUUUCGAGAAACGUGUCGCGAUAUUUUCGGCUGCGUCUUUGUCGUACUGGUGUCAAUCUUGGUCUACUUCACCGACUCCGGAGUGGCCAAGUAUAUUGACCCAGUCUUUGCCAUUAUUUCGUCGAUCUCUUUGUUUGUUCUGUGUUACCCAUACAUGAAAGAGUCGGGCUUGAUACUGCUGCAGACAAUUCCUAAUCAUAUCAAUAUCGAUUCUCUUAAGAGAGAAUUGUUGAAAGCUUUUCCGGGUAUAGUCAACGUUCAUGAUCUUCAUGUUUGGCAAUUAGCAGGUGACAAAAUAAUCUCCACAGCACAUAUAAUAUUUUUAAAUCCAAAGGUUUACGCCAGUAUCAAAGAUCAAGUCACUGCCUUCUUCUUCGAGAUGGGCAUUACUCAGGUGACCGUACAGCCGGAGUUUCACAAGAUGAAACCGCAUAUGGACAGGACUGAUUGUUUGAUUCGUUGCCACGGCGAGCACUGCAGUUCCUCGCAGUGCUGCUCCCGCGAGAACUUCCUCGAGGAGAGCAGCUGCAAGUCAGAGAAAGACGCGCACACAAUCAGCAGCAAGUACGAGAAAAAGGAGAUAAUACCGGCCUCGUCCACAAUCAAUCUGGAGAGGUUCACCGUCUACAAGGAAGAAAGCCCAGAACGACUUGUGAGCAAGACGAAACUCGAGAGACCUACACGUGACCCAACGUAUGAGAACACGUGUCGUACGGGUGACCGACAAAAGGAGCAAAGUACUCGAGAUAUCAGUACUGACAGUAGUUCCUGUGAGAGAGGUGAUAAUAUUACCGAUCGGACCUCCGCAACCGCCGACAACAACAUUUAGGUCGCAACGUCAUAUCUUAAACCACCGUAUCUUAAUUGUUGAGCGUCACUAAUUGUUAGAACAGAAAAUGGUCUUUUCUUUUAUUAUUACCGAGGCCGGAAACGGCUUUAACGGUUAAGCGGUUCGACGUGAAGACUGCAAGCAAUUGGGUAUUACUAUAUCUGUA